CGUAGGUGGUGAGAUGGAGCUCUGCGCCCGUCGCGUCUCAAUUCUUAGCAACACGACCAGCGACAAAAAAAAAUAUCGACCAUCGCCGCAACUGUACCGCAAAAAUCAUAGCAAAAAGGUUCUGCGAGAAUCAGACAACUAGAGUUUAGUUCAAACACUAUUACAUUGGAGAUAGGUUGGGACUUGUCAGCUCUGGGCUGCUGUGAUUUCCUCAGACCACAACGAUAGUCAACACCGGACGCUUCACUAUAGCUGCCAAUCCUGCGACCUUGACCGACAAAAUAGCUUAAAAAGCACGACAUAUAAAACAUUACCGAUGUCUCUUUUCGGACAACCAAAGCCGGCGGCCACGGGUGGCCUGUUUGGUCAAUCACAGCUUGCACAACAACCGCAAGCCCAACAAACCACCGGCGCAUUUGGCCAGACACUGGGUGCUACGGCAGGAAAUAAUAUCAUGGCACAGUCUCAGCAAGUUCAGCAAAUGCCAGCGCUCGCACAAUCUCAAGCACAGCUGUCAUCAUCAUUGUGGCAGCCUGGAAAGGAAACACCUCACCAGAAGCCAAUCUUGGAACAGAUGAAGCUAGUUACUGACAAGUGGGAUCCGGCGAAUCCUAGCUGUGUCUUCAAGCACUACUUCUACAACAAGGUCGACGAAUCUCACAUCCCGUUUUAUAAGCCUCAGCCUCACGAGGAUCCCCGAGAGUGGGAGGAAGCUUUACAGAAUAAGCCUGGCCCCGAAUUUAUGCCCGUUCUCUGCUCUGGUUAUACAGGCGUAGCAGACCGUCUGAAGACACAGAAGCGCGCCGUUUCCGAGUUCAACACGAGACUGCACCAGAUCAAUGGCAGCUUGGAUGCCAUCUCCCAAAGACACGAACUUGAAACAGAUGUCCGAGCUUUGGCUGCACGCCGCCGACAAGUUACGAUUAACGAAAGAUGUCUCGCCCUAGCUGCCAGGGUCCAGAUCUUGAGAAAUAGAGGCUACGCCCUGAGUGGCGAUGAAGAUGACUUGAAGAACAGGCUGCAAAAGCUAGAGCGUGACGUUCAAGACCCUGCUCUUGAAGCCCGUGAAGAAGAGCUGUGGAGCAGACUGAUUGUCUUGCGUGGUUACUCUGAUAGACUGAGCAAAGAACUUGAUAAGCCUUCGUCUGAAGGACAAGAAAUCGAUGACGACACGCAGACAAAGGCUAAGAGGGUACUGGAAGACUACGAGAAGCAGCUUAGUCAUUUGAAGAAGGAACUCGAAUCUUUGGGUGUGGAUUACACGGAGUGGGAGAGGAGUCGUCACUCAUCGUAACGACAGGAUCAGGUCUGAUUGGAAAGAAGACAAGGCUAUUUGGGUUGUUUUGAAAAAGGCCAUGUAUCACAUACUGUUAUACCUAAAGUUUACGACAACGUUGUCUAUUACUUUGUUGUUUUAGUAACUGUUUGAUAUGCCGUCGCACGUGCCAGUAAAAGAGUGAAGUGAAGUGAAGCGUAAAGAGAUUAUUCGAUUCAUAAAGAUGCGCCUUCUUGACCAAUUGGAGAAGGUUUAAUAUAUCAUACAACGAGAUUUCAUGCCCAUCUCGUGAGGUAUCCCAUACAAUUCCCAUAACUUUUGUGUAGUUUUAUACUGAUACAACGCGCCAUGGUUUCCUGCCGAGCAGAAAAUGCCACAGCCACGUGCUUGUUUAUCGGAUCAUUUCCAAGACAGGGUCAUCUGCUGUUGUAAUUCCCCGUAUUUUGAUGCAACCCGGUUGCUUAGCUGAGUUUGGAUUGGGUAUUUAGAAGAUGCGGCUGACCAUGUCGAUGGCAAAAGGAGCUG